AGUAAAAAAGCCAAAAAGCGAAGAGAAGUAUCAAAUUGGCUCCUUCUUCCUCCAUGACCGAAAGCACAUCCAUAGCUACUCUCUGAAGUCUUGGACCCAACCACUGUACUUAUGCAAGCACUACUGUUGCCGGCGGUUCGCUCCGGCGGCGCUCCACCAGCUCCGCCGUCGUCAGCGGCGGCGAAUCCCUUACUGCGUUACCUUCGCCGCUCCCCCCGAGUAACCCCCUCCUUCAAUCACACCCCUAGGCUCCCUUCUCUUCCCUACUCAUUUUCUCUCUCUUCCCUAAAACCUCCCCAAAAUCUCUCUUCUUCAUCUACAUCUCUAUCUUCGUCUUUUGUUUCAGUCAGUAACAGAACAACAACACCUCUGGCCUCUGCACCCAUUUCUACUGCUUACACUUCCCCAGUUGACGACCCCGAAAAGGCUGCCAAACUAGCUCAGGUUUCAAAGAGGCUAGAGAGUACUUCGAGGUACUUCAAGAGGUUGGGUAGUUUAGGGUUUUGGGGACAGCUAGUGUGCACAGUUGUGGCCGCUGUGAUCCUUUCAUUUUCUGUUGUUUCCAUGGGGAAGAUCACUUCGCCUGCUACAUUUUAUGCUACUGCUGGCGGAAUUGCAGCCGCAUUCAUUUCAGUGUUUUGGUCGUUUGGGUAUAUCCGUCUGUCUGAUAAGCUCCGAAGAACUGCUAAUGAGCCUUCAAAGGCUCCUCCUCGGUCUGAUGUUGUGAAAAGCUUGAAAAAUGGAAUAUUAGUGAAUCUUCUGGGCAUGGGUGCUGCUGUCCUUGGUAUGCAAGCCACGGUAGGAUUGUUGGUUGCAAAAGCUUUAACUUCUUCGGCCACUCCUUACUACCAGGGCAUCUCACCUGGUUACCGCCCUGUUCUGGCAUUGGACGUAUUCUUGGUGCAGGCAUCGGCAAACACUAUCCUUUCUCAUUUCUUAGGGCUUGUUUUCUCACUGGAGCUGUUACGGUCAGUGACUUUACCAGCAUCAGAAAGCAUUCCAGUUCCAAAGACUGCAUAGCCCUGCUCAAAUGAACAGUAAACAUAUACUAGUUUGAGAAUUUCCGGAGAAGAUUCAGGGACAAAAUCAAGAAUGAGAAUCACACCUUUUUUUUGGGCCAGUUUGUGACCACUUACUAAGAAUGGGAUUCACUGUGGUGGUUCAUGGAGAAAAAUUCAUUGCAACGGUUUGAAGACGGAAAGGAUAGAAUUGGGUGGGGGUGAUGUUCAUGAUAAGAGUUGUGUUUUUAUUGUGUAUUUAAUUUGGGGGGUUUUAGUGAUUUUUCUCAAGGGUAUUUUUGUCGUUGCCAUUGAAACGUUAAACAUAGUUGGGUCGACAUUUUCUAAUAACGUUAGAAUUCUCAGGAGAGUUCUAAAAGGAAUUGAAUUUUCCAUAUUUAUUUUGAUGGUUCAAAUAAUUUUGUUGAGAAUAACAUUAUGUAGAAAAAUAAUAAUUUAAUUGGACAAAUGUGGGUUGAUCGAGUC